GAUUAUAGGGUUGGUGGUUUGUACAACCUAGUCGGCAUCGACGUGGUGGCGGAUUGUCAUCGAUGGUGUCAACCCUGGAGAUUGGAGCCAGGGGUUUCAGCCUGAAGAGGAAGACCAGGCUGUGACGUCAGCGGCCAGUGGUGGAGCGAGAGGGAAGUUCAACCGAGGACGUCACGAGGACCCGAUGACGACACGACCCCACCAGGAGUGCGAAGUUGGUGCGGAAUAUAGUGAGUGAAGUGUGCCGUGAUAAAUUGUGAGUACUUUAUUAAUUACUUAUUUGUCAAGCUAAUUUGGACCUUCAGUCAAAGAAAUAAAUUCAAGCAAAAUUGGACCUUAAGUCAAAGAAGAAAUUAACUUUAACAAAUUAAAGCUAGUGCAUGGACAUAGACUAAUUCUCGAAGAAAAGUGAAGUGACGGGGAAUCCAUGCCCAAAUUUCGUCUAUGUCCGUAAUUCUCAAACACUUAGAAAAAUUUCGGUAAAUUGGAACAUAGGAUUAGUUAAGUUAAAAUAAGGACUUGUGAUUUUUCUAAGUUGAACUGUAACUUGUAAAAUAUUUUGCGUUCUAUUUUGGACUUGUGAAAUUUUCAAAAUUGAACUUUAACUUGUGUUUUACGUUUAAGUCUAUUUGUCGAUUAGUUUAAAAUUUCCUUUGUUUAAGUUUAAAUUUCUCAUAGUUAUUUGUUUAUGUACCACAUAUAAUAGCCAUGGAAGUUUUCGAUAAACUUCAGGAGGAUACUAAGGAGCUUAUCUCUAAAGGUAAAAUCAACUUUAGGAAAUCGCCUAAAGAUCGUAUAACGGUUUCAUAUGUAGAGACGCGUUUGGAAGUUUUAGAGAAUGAAUGGCAAUUAUUUGUAGACGUGCAUAGACAGAUAAUUACAGAAGUUACUAAGAAAGAUUUGGAAACGUCUAGUUAUUUCAAAAAUUCAAUAUAUGAUACAACGGAACAAAUAUAUUUAGAUUAUAAAACUGAAUUAAAAGAAAUAUUAUUAAAAUUAAAGGGCAAAGACAUACCGUCUGUAGAGUCAGUAAAGUCGUCAAGUGAAGAUACUAAAUCUAAAUAUUUUGUUAAAUUGCCUGAGAUUUCUAUACCAAAGUUUUCUGGAAAAUACCUAGAGUGGACAAGUUUUAGAGAUCUUUUUACUUCUUUAAUACACAAAAAUGCUAAAUUAGAUGACGUUCAAAAACUACAUUAUCUUAAGAGUCAUUUGUCUGGAGAAGCAGAGCAACUUUUAAGACAUGUUCCCAUUACGGAUAAAAAUUAUAGUGUUUGCUGGACUCAGUUGACUAAUCGUUACGAUAAUAAAAAAUAUUUGGCUAACAACAUUCUACGGCGUUUCAUGAGUCAGAAAACUUUGCAAAAUGAAUCGUCUAUUGCCAUUAGAGAGUUAUUAGACAAUAUGAACGAAUGUCUUAGUGCUCUACAAAAUAUAGAGAUAGACAUAAGUAACUGGGACAUUAUUGUCAUUUACAUUUUGAGUCAAAAGCUGGAUCCUGAGUCCAGGAAGCAAUGGGAAUCAAAGGCAAAUGAAUCUGAGGAAUUGCCCACUUUGUCUGGCUUUAGAGAGUUUCUCGAACACAAGUUUAGAUCUUUAGAAUUUUUGAAUGCUAAGCCUAAGUCUCUUAGUGUUAGCAAUAAGGUCAAUGUUUCUCAUGUAGCGAAUAUCAAUGGUUCUAAUACGUCCAAUCAGUCUAACUUUAGCUGUCAAUAUUGUAAAGCCGAUCAUAAAUUGAUAAAUUGUAAAGAUUUUGCCAAGGCUGAUUAUAAAACACGCCAUAACUUUGUCCGAACUAGUAGGCUGUGUUUCAAUUGUAUGGCCCAGAAUCAUCCUGUUUUCGCAUGCCGUCAAGCCUCUAGAUGUAGAGUCUGUAGAAGAAAACACCAUUCUCUACUUCACCCUCAAUCAACAGAGAAGGUAGAGUCGGAUAAGGUAGAGUCGGGGAAGGUAGAGUCGGAGAAUGGGGAGUCUAGCGAUAAGGGUUUAGUUGUUUCUUCAGCUACCACAUCACAAAGCGAUAUAGUUACCUGUUGCUCAAAUGUGCAUAGUCAAGUCCUCUUGGCUACAGCUCUUGUUAAGGUAGAGUCGAGAACAGGUGGUACUGAAUUUGUUGUUAGAUGCUUGGUGGAUCAAGGAUCAAUGGCUUCUUUGAUUUCGGAGUCAACCGUCCAAGCAUUAGGACUGAAGAAAAUCCCCAACAAGACCUACAUUUCAGGAAUUGGUAGUCGGGACAAGUCUUUAGCUUCUAUGUCGAUGGUAGAAAUCAAGCUAAAGUCUAUACACGAUCCUCAAUAUACUUUGGUGGUGAAGGCUCAUGUGCUUAACAAACUGACGUCUUUUCUUCCCUCAAGGAAGGCAAACGUUCAGCUAUGGCCAGAACUAAAUAGGUUGAAGUUAGCUGACCCGAAGUUUGAUAUACCAAAUAAAAUAGAUUUGUUACUUGGUGCAGAAGUGUAUAGCCAGAUCCUAAUUGAUGGUCUUAUCAAAGGUCCGUCAGGGUAUCCUGUAGCCCAGAACACUCAGUUGGGAUGGAUUUUAUCUGGUCAGAUUAGCUCAGAGGCGUCUGAGGCGUUUCAAGAAAACAAUAUCAUUGUCAGUAUGCACACCCAGAGUAAUGAAAGCGAUUUAUUGAGAAAAUUCUGGGAGCUGGAAUCAGAUGAUAUUUGUUCUAAGAAGAAAAUGCUAACUGAUGAGGAACGAAGGUGCGAGGAGAUUUUUGCUAACACCGUAACCAGAGAUGAGUGCGGACGUUAUGUGGUAAAGCUUCCCUUUCGAGACGACAACCCAACCUGUAAGAAAGGAGGAUUUGAACUGCAGAAAUGGGCCAGUAGUAGUAAGGAGUUUAUGGAGAAAAUAGGAAAGGGAAGAGUUGAAAAAGAAUCGAGGUUAGAAAUAGGAACAGGAAAGGAAACGGAAGCUAUACAGAAGGUAUUAGGACUUACCUGGAAUAGUAGCACCGACGAGUUUGAGUACAAUGUCCAACUUCCACCAAUAGAGGUUCCAGUAACAAAGAGGAAGGAAUGGCUUACUUACCGGUCUGAACAUGUUCGGUCAAAGGAUAACCCGGCCGAUUGCGCAUCAAGAGGUGUCAAGAAUUACGAUAAUUUAAACUUGUGGAAGCAAGGUCCCUCGUGGCUAAGAGAAGUUAACAUAAAUUACAGUCUACAUGAAGAAUGCCAAGAUACCAAAUUAGAAGAGAAAUCAAGAAAGAUAAUUUGUCAUACAGUAAAAACUGUUGAGUUAAACGAAAACUUCUUUACGAGAUUCUCAACGCUUCGAAAACUAGUUAGAGCUGUUGCUUACUUGAGAAGAUUUUGUAAGUGGUUGAGCUCUCGAAGUACUAAAUUUCCAGCUUAUCUGACUAGUCAGGAGUUGAAGGAAGCAUUACAAAGGUGCAUCAGUUAUUUUCAAAGGAAGUUCUUUUCAGGCGACAUUGAAAGUAUUGCUAAAACCGGACUUGUGAUAAAGAAAAGCAAGCUUAUUCCCCUGAAUCCAUUUUUAGACAACGAAGGUUUGCUACGGAUUGGAGGACGUUUACAUAAUGCAGAGUUAAGCGACAAUAGAAAGCAUUGUGUUUUAAUUCCACGUGACUCUCAUUUGGCAAAACUGCUCGUCGCUGAUGCUCACGAAAAAACUUUGCACGGAGGACCCCAGCUAAUGUUGAAUUAUAUUAGGUCGAAUUACUGGAUCAUUGACGCAAAAAAUUUGGUCAAGUUACACGUUCGAAAAUGCGUCACAUGUAUACGUCAUGCUCCUUCAUCCAAUCAACCCAUAAUGGGUCAGUUACCAGCGUCUCGUGUGACAGCUGGUAGGCCUUUCCGUCACAGCGGAGUAGAUUAUGCAGGACCUGUCGCCAUUAGAACCUCAAAGGGAAGAGGUCAUCGCUCAAUCAAAGGGUAUAUUUGCCUCUUUAUAUGUAUGGCUACGAGAGCCAUUCACCUUGAAGCUGUAACAGACAUGACCUCUCAAGGAUUUCUGGCAGCGUUCAAGCGCAUGGUAGCCAGGCGAGGUCACGUGACAGAUUUGUGGAGCGAUAAUGGGACAAAUUUUGUAUGUGCUGAAAAGGAAUUGAAAGUUCUACUUGCUGAGGAAAGAUCUACAGUAGCUGUUGAGAUUGCUAGUUGGCUCGCAUCAAAUGGCACUACUUGGCAUCGAAUCCCACCCUAUAGUCCAAAUUUCGGUGGACUGUGGGAGGCUGGGAUCAAAUCGACCAAAUACCAUCUCAAGAGAGUGAUUGGGAACUCAACCUUGACUUAUGAAGAGAUGAGCACAGUCCUUUCCCAAAUCGAGGCUUGUCUUAAUUCGAGGCCAUUGACAACGUUAAGUAAUGAAGCUCAAGAUCCAGUCCCGUUGACACCCGGACAUUUUCUGGUAGGAGAGCCACUUGUACUUGUUCCGGAUACCAAUUAUGAGAAGUCAAACAUCAGUAGUCUCCGUAGAUGGCAACUUACUCAAAGAAUGACGCAAGAUUUUUGGCGACGAUGGUCAAAUGAAUACCUCACUCAGUUUCUACACCGUUAUCGUUGGAAUCGUCAUUCUCCCGAACCUAAAAUUGGAGACGUGGUUCUAGUCAAGGAAGAGAAUCUCCCUCCAGCUAGAUGGCUUUACGGUGUGAUCAUUGAUAAGCAUCCUGGUUCGGACAAUGUUACACGCGUGGUAAGCUUAAGAUGCAAGGGCACCAUCAUUAAAAGACCAGUUUCUAAAAUUUGUAUUUUACCUAUUAACGAUUAAGUCACUAAAUUAGAGCCAUCUUGGAUUUUCCUUGUAGUUGAACAAUUUGAUAGUCUGUCCUUUAAUUAUCAGGUAUUUUGUUGAGGUAUAAGAUUAUACGAUUUCUAGUGUUGGUUAAAUGUGAGUUGUCCAAUUUGGUUACUUCUAAAUUUUUGUGCUUUAUUCUGUAGAGCCACCAUGAACUAAAGAUUAGUUAAUCACUUAAUUGUCAAACUUGAUAAUUGUUAUACCAAUACUUAUGAACCAACGGUUCAUGGUGGGCGGAAUGUACAAUCUUCUAAAUGUUUUAUAAAAUUGUAAUCAUGUAUGUUUAGUUUCUGUAACCGCGGAUAGAUGGCGUUAUCGCCUGAUUGCGUCGCGCGGUCAGUUGUGGCCUGUGAAGAAUAUGAUAUCGAAUGCGGUAUUGA